CUCCCCUUCGAGAUGUACACCAUUUGGCAUAGGUAUGAAUACGCAUUCAGCGAGGCGUUUUGCGUGCUGCAGGGCUACGCAGCGGAGACCUCUGCCAACGCCACGGUACUGACCAUCACGGCGUUCACUAUGGAGCGGUACGUGGCCAUCUGCCACCCCUUCCUCACGCACACCGUGUCGAAACUUUCCAGAGCCAUUUCCUUCAUCAUCGGCAUCUGGCUCCUGGCCCUAUGUCUCGCCGUCCCACAGGCGAUCCAGUUCGGGAUCGUUUACGAAUCGCGGAACGAGACCAACUCCGGGGAGUACGCGGCCUCGUGCACGAUCAAGUGGGUGCUCAUGAAGCACGCCUUCGAGAUCUCGACGUGUCUCUUCUUCAUCACCCCGAUGACCCUCAUCACGGUGCUCUACAUCCUCAUCGGCGUCAAGCUCCGCGGCUCCAAGAUGCUCAAACGCUCCUCCGUCACCAGCGUCUCCGCCGAGAGGAAGAACGUCCGCAGUCAGAACCAUGUCAUCCGCAUGCUCGUUGCAGUGGUGGUAGCUUUUUUCUUGUGUUGGGCGCCAUUUCACGCCCAAAGACUUCUUGCAGUACAUUUAGCCUCGAAUGAAAAUGAGACUCCAAACCAUGCGUUCACGAUUUUCUACAGUAUUCUGACGUAUACAUCCGGCAUUCUAUACUAUCUAUCUGCAACAAUCAACCCGCUUCUCUAUAACAUCAUGUCGAAGAAAUUCAGGGAUGCUUUUAAGAACAUGCUGGGUCAGGGGUACUGCUGCUUCGGUCGUCCGGCCCUGCAGCAGCGCAACAACUCGGUCUCGCGCGGGCACUCGGCGACGCAAUCCUACAUGGACUCGCACCUGCUCAACAACACGGUGCACACCUCGACGGAGGUGCCCAAGACGCGCUCGGGGCGGAUCAUGGCGCGGCUCUCGCUGGCCGGCGGCGGCGGACGAAGCCGGACCCCGCGGGGGCAGAGCAACGGGGCCGCCAAAGCCGCCGCCGGGGCCGGGGCCGGGCAGGAGCUCCUCCGGGGGCCCCCCAAGCCCCAGGGGCGCCCGCUCCCCAAGGCCCAGGAGCGCAACAACGCCAGCUUCAAGAGCACGCUCACUAUCAGCAACUCCAGCCUCCAGGACCUCGACGACUCCGAGUACUCCGGCCUCGAGCUGGCCAACUACAUGGGCGAACUCAACAAACAGUGACGAAGGAACGGAGAGAAGAGUGUUUUGAUAGUCGAGACCCUGUGCUAAGCCCUGCCCCCAUUCCUCAAAAUCCCCGCAAAAUCCAAGCUCAGAGUGAAUCGAUAAACGAAUCACCGAAGAAAAAAAGAUGCUGCAGUAACAUCCCGGAUGUUACGGUUGUUGAAAAAAUGUGCGACAACUCUUGGAUGUUGCCAUUGACACUCUGGCAGUCAAUGUAGCAUGAUAGGAUGCAAAGGUAUCAUCCUAGGAUGUUACUCUAACACCCAGAGAGGUAAUGACAAUAUCCAAGAGUUGUCGCACAUUUUUUUGAUCAGCGUACGCGAAAACGUCCGAUGUCCAAUACGGUGUUUCGGACUUUGAGUGGACCAUUUCGUUGAAACUUAAAGACGGAAUAUGGUUACGUUAGGAAUGUAAAACAAAUUUAUAAAUAAUCCCCUUAGUAUAAUUAAACGUUUACAAAGGAGAUCGAUCUGAAUCAUCAGUGUCGCAGGGCAAAAGAAACCCACCGCAGUUAUGAAACCCUGUAUUGGACAACGGACGUUUUCGCAUGCGUCGAUUCAGAUACGUUACGUUCGCGAUUGUUGAUCAAAAAAGAGUCGCGCCGCUCUAUUUUGAGUUGCAACACUCAUCGAUCGCAUCAAGUCCCUACUUUGAGCCCCUUAUCGUUGAAAUCGAUUUACUUUGAGCUUCCAUUUUGACGCCAUUUUGACGAGUGGAGACAGCGCUUUAGGGGGUAGACGACCGUGAUAAUACAGGAGAGUGCCUGUAUACGGGCUCAUCCAAAAGUCCUGUGCCACCUCUGUAACCCCCAAGCGUCAAGCCAUGGCAUCUGUGACGAGCGGAAACCGGGAUUCAUCAGUAAAUUUUGCGGAAAAUCAAAGAGAAAUGAGGUCUGUCGAGAAUUUCUCCAGAUAAAACAUGUAUUUUUAAAGAAAGUUAUGCAUAUUUUACCUUGAAAUUUUCAGACAUUUUAGAUUGAAUUGUGAACAUAAUCAUCUGAAAAAUUUGAAGGAAAAUACUCAUAAUUUUCCCAGGAAAUUCACUUUUUGUCGAAGGAUAUAUGUCAACGUCUGAUGGCUCAUACGGCGUUCUUCCUUAGCACGGCAGUACAGGGGUGAUGCCUCGUGCUGGGGGUGCGGGACUUUUGGAUGACCCUGUAGAUGAAGUUUUGCCACGUCUGCGGAUGGAUUUGUGUAUUUUUUGACUGUACAAGACAAACAUUUCACCAUUAGAAAAUAAGCGGGUAAGGACAGCAAUUUUUCGUCACCCUAUAGGUACUUCAAGAGGAACAAGGUUGAUACCCGAUCGAAUUGUUUUACAGCAUAACAUUAAAGAGUCAAUUAGGUACGCCGUUCAUGCUUUAUCAACCUGUGACCCUAUUAGUUGCAAUCGGCAUUUGUAACCGGGUAGUGGCGAGGCUUAAAUCAUUAGCUAUAUCGAUGUUUCCCUAUAUUUGAGACUAUUGUAAAAAAUCGAUUGUUAAAACGUGCUUUGUGAACACCUUGAUAAUCGAUCCUUUACCAUAGGUUUAAAUGGCAGGUCGUCGAUCUAUCGAAGCCUCUCACGAGAAGUCACGGGUGGUUGAAUGAGGCGACAUAUUCAAGAGCUGGGUACGUACGUGAAAUUACGAUCAAAUGCAAGUUGCCUCGCCAAUUUUCGAAGCACCUCUUCUCCCACCGUUGCACGUUCCUCUAUUAGUAGGCCGCCCACGUAUUUUAAACGAGGUGCAUCAAAGCGCACGUGACGAAUUGUUCAGUGGCAUGACGUGCUUUGCGAUAUAUCGAUUGAUCGGGCAUUUAAACCCACGGGAAUGUAUCGAUAAACAGGGUGUUUGCAGCAAACACCUUAAUACUCGAUUAUUUACCACAGCUUCAAAUGAGAAAAUAUCGAUGAAUCGCAAAGCACGCCACGCCAUUGCAAUUGUUCCGGCACAAAUUCCUCCCCGGGAACUGUCAUCCGGCCGAAAAACACGGAAUCCGUGUUUCUCAACAAUUGCACCCAACUAAGUAGGUAAUGAGCAAUUGAACAGGUAUUUCAAUCAUUGCAAUUCUGGUAUUUACAGCGUGAGUCUCACGGCCGUAGGCUUUUGGUGGAACAAUGCAGUGUUCAGGGUGCCCGAAGUCAGCCGAAACUUUAUAAUUUUCCUCACGAUAGAACGUAACACCAUUGCAAUGUUACCAAAUUUCCCCUCGCAAAUCGUACAUUAGCCAGGAAAAUCUCGGGCAUUUCUAACUGAACAUCUAUCUGAUUUUUCUCAGAUUUCAUGAAGACGAAUUUUAGAUAAAAAUUGCACGGGUGAUUUUUAAAAAUAAAUUGAUUGUUUAGGUCAAUUUGGCAACCUUGGAAUGGAAGUACGUCCCAUCCUCCGAGGGACAACGAUCCGGAAAAUUGGGAUAGGUCGGGGAGAAAAAUUGAGCUAAGGAAAAUAGGGUGACCACAGAAAGGGAUUUUGGGGGAUUUCAUUAAUAAAUGGGUUAGAAAAAAAACCUGAAAAAUGAGCGUGAAAGAGUAAUUGACCAAACAUUUUAUUAUUUAAUUCAUGAUUUAAUUAAUAUCAUUUUAUCAUAAUCGGCUAAUUUUUACUUUUCGCAUCGCGCGGUUUCAGCUUGUCUUCUAGUCGGAUCUGAAGAUCCUAAAUUAUCGUUUUUUUAUCCUGCGUUGUCUCAAAAGUCAAAUAUUUUUUUCCCCCAAAAAUUGGCCAAGGUGCAACUUUAAAAGUCGAGGCAUUCCAAUUAUAAAUUAUGUGACAUGAGACAGGACAACGAAAACGUAUCCAAACCCAAGGGGAAAGUUGUGUUCAAGGAAGUAAGGACAGAAAAUCAAGGCAAUGAAAUAAUCUAGGUCGCGAAUUGAUCUAUCAACAUUGAACGUACUUUUAGUAAGCAGAUCUAUUCAAAUGUAACAGUUUUACGUUAUAAUUGUAUUAUGUAUCCGUCAUUCCUUUCCUCCAUAAUUUAUUUGUCUCGCUAGAUGUACUUCUGUGUUUCCCCAACAUUCUCCAUGCUUUAAGUUUUCAAAUACAAAGGCGUGAUGCAGGAUUCGCAUUUCCAGUCAAAAUUAAACUUCAUCGAUCAAUCAUCUUCAGAGGUACUUAAUCAUGUUUCAUGAUUAGCAAAGAGGUCUUGCCGGAUUGUGAUGCGGUCCGUCAUGUUUCUACCUUGAAUUUACUCGUUAAAAUAAGUAAAUUUUCUGAUAAGGGGCAAAUUUGUGACUGUUUGCUUAACCGUCAACUGUGCUUUCAUGUUCACUGAGAAUUUUUAAGUUUUUAAGAGGAUCAUUGAUGCUGUCCUACCAGUUACCGGUGGCGUGUCAUGAAUUACAAUGUAUCGAUUGUUAUGCCAUUUAAACCUAUGGUAAAGAAUCAAUUAUUAAGGUUCUCGCUGCGGACACCCUGUUUAUCGAUCUUUUUCCAUAGGUUAAAAUGGCAUAACAAUCGAUUCAUCGCAAUUCACGCAACGCCACUAUGUUAUACCUUUAGUGAGGCUUGUCACUACUGUGAAGAGGUACCAUCCCUCCGUACGAUAUUCCAUCUCGAACUUUGAUAAUUAAAUGUAAUAUCUUUGUUUCGAAAUAAAAUUUUGUUGAAUUUUGAUAAUUUAACAAAUCUAUUUCAGACCAUUUAUUUUGUAAUAUAUAAUUGUGAAGUCAUAAAACGCUUAAACUGCAGAUUUUGACACAACUUUAAACCAUUGAGUAGAAGAGACUCAUCUAUAAAGAUGGUUUUAAGAAAGGCACAUCUGCCGAAGCCCUACAAUGGACCAUACGUGUUUUUGUAGAAUAACCUCGUAGAUAAAUCCCUUCUGCUCAAAAGUGACAUCAAAUUUCACUUACUUAUGGUAAAAGGAAGUAUGCCGAAAGGUAUUGGAUUGGAAGGGAUUAUGUACGUGGGAUUAGCGUGUCUCAUGAUUCCCUCUGAUUCAAAUUAAUUUGUUCAUAGUUUUUUUUUGGCAUGAAUACGUUCAAUAAUUUUAACACGGUCAGAUUAUCACCUUGCCCCAAUUCGUGUCUAUUUCAACCAUACAUGUGGCAUCGUUAUGGUCAGUUCCAGCUCAAUCACAAGGAUUGAAACAUGUCGUCGAAUUUCUAUCACUUUACUCUUCUCUUCGUUAACUGUCAAUAUCCAUCAAUCAAUUAGUCAAAUAUGUUAAAUGUGGCCUAUGAACAAGCCCAAUUAAUAAGGCAUGAUGUCAAGUCAAAUGAUUUAUCAAACGCCUAUGUGCUCCAUUCAAUUUCACCGGGUUAUUAAAUAUCCUAAAUUUUCUUUUUCAUUUUAAGAAAAACAAUGUGACACAGAAGUGGUAAUCCGCAGUGAAUUUUAUUUUUUCACUUUUGACUGGGUCCCUAUUUAUGUAGCUAUCAAUUUCUUACUGCAUACCGAUUAUAAAAAGAUUACCUCUGAGAGCAGGCAUAUUUGGACUGAUACAUUUUAAAAGAGUUACAGCUACUCCACUAAAAACAAGCAGUAAACACUUGCGGUCUAAAGUUUCACAAACACAAAUAUACGGUAACCAGUUUCAAAAGGUUUUACGGAGUGCUAUACUUUCUAGAUCCAGAGUCAACCUUGGCAUGUGCUUAGUAAAGAUCGGAUCAAACGUAUCAACCCUUACCAUAAAACAUAGUAAGCUGUAUUCCAAAUUUUGGUCGUUAGGUGUACCACUAUGGGAUAUGAUACUAUUAUGAUGUGUCUGUUUUUUCCAUGUUUAUGUUUAAGUAUGAAAAUGAAAAAUUACUCCUCGGGUGAAAAGCGCAUUCAGAAAUCUUACAAUUUUUCGGGGACUUCAUUAACAUAGAACUAGAAUCGUAGGCGUUUGAUAAACGGUUGAUUUCACAAAAUGCCUCGAAGAAAACUAUAUUUUGUUGUUGAUCGUGUAUAUCAUGUACAUUGUUAAAAUGUGUGACUGAUUUGGUGAUAAAGAUGUGAAUGUCGUAUAAAUAUGGUUAAUAUUGUAAAUACCGAGAGAGUUUUAGCAUGGUUCAUUAUUUUCUAAUCAUGUCUAGUGCUUAAGACGAACUAAAAUAUAAUUUUGAAUAAAA